AUGUUCACCACCAAGACCAUCCUCGCCAUCGCGGCUCUCGCAACGGCCUCCUUCGCCGCUCCCAGCGUCGUCAUUGAAGACAAGGGCCUCAAGGGCGGAUACGGCGGCUUCGGCGGCAAGAACGCUGUCGCUCACGGCAGCGCGGCAGAGCAGAACCACGCCAACGAGUGGGCCGACGCCGACCACUACAACAACGGCGCCAACUACGCCAAAGCCGACCACGCCGGCGCCGCGCAGAACUUUGGCCACAACAAGGAGUACAACCACGUUGACGGUGCCUACGACCGCGCAAAGGGCAAUGCGGAGGAGUACAACGCCGCGAAGGCGUACGGCGGCAAGGCGGGUCACGCCAACGCUGAGACCGCCGGCGCCGAGGCGGCGGAGCACGAAGCGAAGAACUCUGGCUACGGCUCCGCUUACGGCUCGAAGCUCGGCGGCUACGGCGGCGGCUACGGCGGCGGAUACGGCGGCGGAUACGGCGGCUACGGUGCCAAGGGUCUCGGCGGAUACGGCGGAGGCUACGGCGCUCUGCAUACUUGA